AAGCCCUAAUUUCACAUUUCUUCCCAAACUUAAACCACCCCCAUUGAAAAUAUUUUUUUUUAGAUCUUUCAUCUUUGCUUACAAUUAUCGAUGUUUGAGAUUGAAUCUUCUGAAAAUCAAUGAUUGAUUUCUUCAAUAUUAGCUCUGUUUCUUUUGUCUCUUUAACUGAUCUCUUUCCCCUUAAAAACUUGAUCUUUCGUGUUUUAGCUCUCAUUCUCUGAAUCUUGAGCUUGUUAGUUAGUAAAACCAAAAGCUUCAACCUUUCGUGAUCACAAAGAUUCGGAAGGAUUUGGUCUCUACUCAUUUUGUCGGAAUCACUCAUCUUUGAUUGGUCUCUACUCAUUUUGUCGGAAUCACUCAAUCUUUAUGUCCAGAUGGAGGAGAGAGAAGGAACCAACAACAACACCACCACCAGCUUGAACCAAUCUGCUGCCUCUGACGCAGUGUACCCGAUGGACCCACCACGACCCGAUAACCCGAACCCGUUUUCGGCCCCACCCAUCACUUCUUCUUCUUCUGUAGAGAAUACGGCUGCCCCUCAGUUCAGCUUAACAAUGCCGACGACGGAGACGGCUUCCUCCGAGCAGCAGCAGCAGCAGCAGAAGAAGAAGAAGAGAGGGAGGCCGAGAAAGUAUAAUCCUGACGGGACUCUCGCUGUGACUCUUUCCCCGAUGCCAAUCUCCUCCUCCGUUCCGUUGACUUCGGGGUUGCCUCCUAGGAAGCGAGGUAGAGGGCGUGGCAAGUCCAGUAGUCAAUGGCUUAACAAGUCUGACAUGUUUCAAUUCGACACAAGUCCUGUUGAAACUAGUUUUGCAGGUGUAGGAGGAGGAAAUGGUGCAGAUUUUGUCGGCGCUAACUUUACACCUCAUAUGCUCACAGUUAACGCCGGAGAAGAUGUGAUGAUGAAGAUAAUGACAUUUUCUCAACAAGGAUCUCGUGCUAUCUGCAUUCUUUCAGCAAACGGUCUCAUCUCUAAUGUUACGCUGCGUCAAACUACUACAUCCGGGGGUACUCUAACUUACGAGGGUCGUUUUGAGAUUCUCUCUUUGACGGGUUUGUUUAUGCAAAACGACUCUGGAGGAACUCGAAGUAGAGCUGGUGGUAUGAGUGUUUGUCUUGCAGGACCAGACGGUCGUGUCUUUGGUGGAGGACUCGCUGGUCUCUUUCUUGCUGCUGCUCCUGUUCAGGUAAUGGUAGCGACAUUUGUAGCGGCUCAGGAGCAGUCACACCUGCAGCUAGCAAAAGAAAGACGGCAAAGAUUCGGAGCUCAACCACCUUCUAUCUCCUUUAACAUCACCGCAGAAGAAAGAAAGGCGAGAUUCGAGAGGCUUAACAACUCUGUUACUACUGUACCUGCACCAACUCCUUCGUAUCCGCAUGAUAGCACAGCGAACGCGGUUCACAGUUACUACACGAACUCUGUUAACCACGUCAAGGAUCCUUUCUCUUCCAUCCAAGGAGGAGGAGGAGGAGGUGGAGAAGGGGAGGGCGAGGAGGAUGAAGGAGAUGAUGAUGAUGAGUUAGAAGGUGAAGAUGAAGAAUUUGGAGGUGAUAGCCAAUCUGACAACGAGAUUCCUAGCUGAUGAUUUAUUUGCUGUGUUUAUUUUUAUGGGGUUUCAGGUUUUGGUUGAUAUGGUUUUAACACAGAGUGGUUAGAAGCUGCUAUCAUUAGGUUUCUCUCCUCUUGUGAUUGUUGUAGUAUCCAUGUUAGAAAACAAACUUACUCUUGCAAAACUCUCUCAUUCAAGAAAAACUUUUUUUCUUUUCCAAA